AUGAAUUAGAAAUGCAAUAAGCUUGGUCAUGAUCAAAAACCAAUGGAAUAUUUUUGUAUAUAAUAGAAACAAAUAUUAUGGAGUUGUGAGAAAUGUUACAAAGAGAACAAGCAAAAGUUAAAUUUCCAAUCGAUAAAACACUUUUAAUCAUGCAUAUAGGGUGCAAAGGAAACAAUAAUCAAAGAGACAGAGAAUGGAAGGAUAGAGCAAAUGAAAUUUGAAUUUGAUAUGCAGGUAUAAAAAUUAAAGGAUUUAUUGGAAUUCUAUUUAUCUGGAAUAGAAAAUUAGAUAAACAACUAAUAUGCAGAGUUGAGUGGGAUUAUUCAAUUUGUUGACAAUUUCAACAUAAAAUCCCUAGAUUCUCCCAAUCAAGAUCAUUUCUAAUACCUACAUUUGGUAUUAGACUAGAGUGUGGCUAAGAAAUUCGAUUAAUUAUAGAUGUAAAUCAAUUAGUUCAUGCAAAAAAUACUCUCAAUAGGAAUGGACAUCGAUGAAUAGGUUGGUUUCUUAUCAGAGUCCAUAUUUUUGGAUCAGAUGAAAUCGCUUAUUAAAAAAUUUGAUUUACCUUAUCAAUUUUAGAAGUAAAUUGAAGAAUUAUAAAUUCCAAAACAGUAUUGUUUGGAUUAAUCUCAUCAUGCUCAAUUUGUUUUUAAAGAAAAAAUAGAUGGAAACACAUCGUAUAUUGGGUAAUAAGAAAAUGAUGAAUUCAAUGGAAAGGGAUUGUUGUACCUGAGUAACAAAGGGUAUGUCUAUUAUGGUGCAUUCAUUAAUGGAUAAUUCUGUUAUGGGAUAUCAUUGAAUGUAAUCAAGAAAGAACUCUUGCUUGGCGAGUUUGAGUUUAUAGAUCUCUUUUAUUAUCAAAUCCAGAACUAUGGGAUAUUAUUUAAUUCUAAUUGUGAAAGGUAAACAGUUAUUUGUAAUCCAAGAUAUGAAGGAGACUUUAAGGAUAGUCUAUUUGAUGGUUAUGGCUAAUUUCAUUAUUAGAAUGGCGAUUUGUAUAAAGGGUAUUGGAAGGCAGGCAAACGAUUCGGCUAAGGAGAACUAAUUAACCAAGAAUUUGGAACGAUUAAGGGCAAUUUUGUGGAUGGAUAAUUGAAUGGCAAAGGAGAGUUGGAUUGUAAGACUUAGAAAUAUGUUGGAGAUUUCAAGGAUAAUGAAAUGGAUGGACAAGGUACUCUAGAAGAUCUCGAUAAGAAAACCAAAUAUGUUGGAUCUUUUAAGAAAGGAGUGAGAUGUGGCAAAGGCACUAUGUUUUUUUCAGAUAAUCGAAAAAUUGAAGGUAACUUCUUGAAUAAUGAACCAUCUGGGUAAUGUGUGGAAACAACCACAAAAAAGUAUGUUGAGAAUCUAAAACAAUAAGUAGAAACCACUGUUGAAGAGGGAGAGUACUCUAAUGGAUUGAAAUGCGGAUAAUUUAAUUGUUAAACUACUUAUAACGGCUAAACUAUGAAGAAACUGAAGUAUUAUGAUUCUGGAGAGUUGAUAAUCGAAGACCUCAUCAGUUGA